AUGUUUCUUUCUGUCAGUCUCUCUCUCUCUGUCUCUCUCUCUCUCUCUCUCUCUCUCUCUCUCUCUCUUCAUAUGACUACUCACUCUCUCUGGUCCAAUAUUUCUAAAUUCCUCUCUCUGGCCAAUAUUUCUCUGUUCCUCUCUCUCUCCUCUCUUGAUCUCUUCUCUCUCUCUUUCUCUCUCUCUUUCUCUCUCUCUCUCACACACUUACUCACUCACUGGUCACUGCUUCUCUGUCCCUGCUUCUCUGUCCCUGCUUCCAGUCCAUUUAGCCACUCACCUAAUAUUCUCUGUCUCUCCCCACCUCUCUCUCUCUGCCUCUCUCUUGCUACUAAUACUCUGUUCCUGCCUCCAGUCAAUCCACCCACUCAUCAGAUCUCUCUCUCUCUCUCUCUCUCUCUCUCUCUCUCUCUCUCUCUCUCUCUCUACUCUCUCUCUCUCGUCACUUAUUCUCUUGACUGCUUCUUUGUUUCUCCCUCCAUUCCAUCCACCAACUCACCUGAUCUCUCUCUUUCUCUCUGUCUCACCCUCGUCACCUCUUCUCCGUUCCUUCCUCCAGCCUAUCCAUCCACUCACCUAAUUUUUUCUCUUUCUCUCUUUUCUACGGUCACUGCUUCUCUUUUCUUGCCUCCAUUCCAUCCACACACUCACCUGAUUCCCCACUCUCUCUCUCUCUGUCUUUACUAUGGUCACUGCUUGUCUGUUCCUGCUUCCAUUCCAUCAACCCAUUCAUCUGAUUUCCCCCUCCUUCUCCCUCUUUUUUAUGGUCACUGCUUCUCUGAUCCUAAUCCACUUCAUCCACCCUUUCACCUGAUUUCUCUCUCUCUCUCUCUCUCUCUUUCUCUCUGGUCACUGCUUCUCUGCUCCUGCCUCCAGUCCAUCAACCCACUCACAUUUUCUAUCUCUCUCUCUCUUUCUCAUUCUCUCUGGUUACUGAUUCUCUGUCCCUGCCUCUAG